UGCUCGUGCUGUUCCACGGGACAGCGCGAGCUUCGGCCACCAAGCUGCCGUUCUCCAGGAAGAUGAACGUGCAACUCGCCAAGGCCGACUUUGAUCGGCUCGGCGACCAGAAUUAUCAGCUACUUGUUGAGUUCUUCAAGGGACUACGCAAUAACACCCGCGAUUUUAAGAGUCCACAUUUGCGGCUCUCCAUGGAAAACAUCUACCCAUUGUUUGUGACACUCUACAUGAUGCUGACGGUCAUUGGCACCCUGUCCAACGUGGUCAUGAUCGUGUUUCUUCUCCGCAAGAGUGUCAAGGAGCCCCUUCACGGACUCAUGGUCAACUUGGCCGCCAGUGAUGUGGUCAAGUGUCUCCUGGUGCUGCCGGCGUCGCUGGCGGUUCUGCUCAUCCACAACUGGGUUUUCGGCUCCACAUUCUGCUACCUUCUGCCAAUGUUACAGGACAUGCCGCUUCACGUGACCACGCUCACGUUGGUGAUGAUCGCCGUGGACCGGCACCGCAAAAUCCUCCAUCCGAUGCGAUCUCGCUUCUCAAGCAUAACCUGUUGUCUGGCGAUCUGGUUUGGCGCCCUGCUCGUCGUCAUGCCCUACCCUAUUUACACCACAUAUCUCGACCUAGGGUUGCUGUACAAAAACGAGCGGUUCGACGGGGUCGGCAUUUGCGCCGUCAAUCUGGCACAUGACAUGCAAGAGUACACCCGAGGUCUUUUCAUUGCUAUGUACGUGAUCCCGAUGGCUAUCGUCACUUUCCUCCACAUCAACGUGUCGCGCGAAUUGAAAACCCAGCUGGCAGCCAACCUGAUGAAUUCGCCGCCCAUCAGAGAUGUGACUCUGCCAUCCAACGGACAUGGCUGCGUUGGAUAUCAGUGCCGCGAAUGCUCGGUUCCGGCCGCUGCCGCCGCGGCUGUGGAAAUCGAUGUAAUGACGGAGCAGAGAACGCAAAAGUACGUAGUAAUGAUGACGGCCGUGUUCGCCAUAUGCCUGUGUCCCCUCGCCGUGCUCAGAAUGAUUCAACUUAUUUUAAUGGAGACAUACGACAACACCGCUUUGUUUGACUUCACCUUCGUCGUUGUGGUUUGGAUCGCCUUCCUGCCGACGUGUCUGUCACCGCUUAUUUAUGCAUUAUGGUCUUCUGGCAACAGAAACUUUGCUUGAACUUCAUUUCUAAUUCAUUCAUACAUUAAAGGUAAGAGAACAGAUGAAGCAAACAUGAUUUGCUAAACUAUUAAUUUUAACGUCACGACAGCAGAAAUAUUGUAUUGGUUGGUCUUGCAAAAGGCUGGAAAGGGUGAUUACCUAAAUUGGCACUCAUUUUGCAAAAAAAAAAAAAAAAAAACACACACACACACACACACACACACACACACACACACAAAUUUAGGUUAGUCUUGAAAUUGCUUCCUCUAGAAUUAUUUGAGUCAACGCACAAAGAUGUUGUUCCCGGUUUGAAUUUCAUUUUUAAUUAAUGAAGGGAAUCACUUAUAGGCAGAAAAAGCUUCAUAAAAUAGAAAAUUUUAAGUUUUCUUUCAGUAUUUUUUUCUUUUUGAAUAUUUAUUUUAAUAUUUUUUCAAAAGUAUAUAAUACAAAAUUUUUAAAUAAUGUUAAGAGUAGAUGAUUCUUCAUUAUUUCAUUACAUCUUAUAGAGAGCUAUUAAAUAAUGGCAUCUGCAUUUUCUUAUAUACAUAAACACAGUCGCAACGGACAAACUUGUACAUCUCAAGUAUAGGUUAAAUGUAUUGCUUGAGUAGCGAAAUAUUGUUUCAAGAUAUCCAUUUUUGCUGCUGUUUAAUUACUUGAAAUUGAUGCAAAGUUUGACCUCAAUAAAUAAGUCAAAUUUACUCCAACGUUAAAUUUCUGUAAUUUCAAUCAAUUCAAUAAAUUAAUAUGCGGCUUCUUGUUUUCUAAUUAUUUUUAUUCUGUUGCAAAAAUUUCUAGUUUGUUGUUAUUAUCUUUAAUCUUUGGUCCACUGUAUAUUAAAUUUACUUCCUUCCAUCUUCAUGAAAAAUCAUGAUUUAUCGGCAAUUCGAUGUUUCUCUGAUUGUCAUUAUAAUCAAAUCGUCGUUUGAAAAAAUCUGAAAUGUUAAAAAUGUUUCAAUGUAUAAACGCUGUUCCUGGCAAAUCUCUUGCCGCGGCUGACGUGCAAGAGGAAGAGAGUGUAAAACAACAAACAAUUUUUUUUCCAAAUACUGCAGGGAAUGUUAAGUGUGCAUUAGUUUAUGUUUUAAAUCCUUUCAUCGACAGUGGCAGAAAGCCACUUUAGAGCGGAUUCUAUGUUUUCUGUGUUUCGCUUGGGUAAUAAAAGAGCCAGCGCUGCUCCACAGCAAAAGACACGGAGAGAGAGCAAAUUUGCAGUUUUGUUUACUGUGCAUUUCGAAUUAAUGCUUUGGAGACAGCUUUAUGAAUGGGGAAAAAACAAAUUAAACUUAAUGUUCUCUGUCUGUUACAUUCUUUGUGUCAAACAAAGCUAUGCAACGUCUUGCUGGGAGCCAGCCUUCAUAACAGAAUGCGCAAGAGGUCUAAAAAUUGUAUUAAUUCCCUAAUCCAUCUUUGAACCUCUUUAUUUUAAUUUGCUUUCAUAUGCAAAGGAACAUGAUAUUCAUCAUUGUCAUUCAUCCAUCCAAAAUUUCCAAAAAUUCACAGAUAUUCUUUAGUAGAAUUCAUUAUUGAGAUGGACCAACAUUGCAAAUGUUUGUGCAAAUUAAAAAAUACUAAAAAUUUGUGCGGCCCAAUGGCAUAUAAUUUUUGUAAACAGAAACUCGCCAAAGCCAAAUUAGUUGUCUUGAAAUGUGAUAAGUGUGAUAAUUACUUUCAAAACUGGCAUGGCUAUGUGAGUGGAGAAAAAAAAAGAUAUUUCUGGACGCCGUGAAUUCUAGUUACAAACUUUUACAGACUUAAGUAAAAAAACAACUAAUUUUUACUCAUAAUAUUAAUUAGGUAAAAUAAAUUCCAAUCACAAUGCGAUUUAAAAACAGGAUACCUAUAUGGGCCAAAUGUGCAAUUUUAACUAGGCUUUCAGAAUACAAAGUUGUGUGGGAGGCAACUAGAAUUCACCAAGUAAUUUAAAAUUGACAAAUAGAAAAAUUAUUGUAAUUAUUGUUGAUGUAUAUUUGUAAAACGGA